AAACAAAUCCACUCCCCACCGCAAUAUGUCUUCCUCCCCCGUCACUCACCUCUACCGAUCAGUCCUCCGGGAACUCCGCUUUGCUUCUCAAAAGUCCCGUACAACUCGAAACCCCACAGUCCAAUCCCACAUCCGAACCCUCGUCGAAACUUCCUCCUCCCCCCAACAGCUCGAACGGUCAUUAAUAGAGACGAGGGAGUUUUUGAAAUCUACAAGACUGCAUGCUGAACUCGUGAAACGAUACAACCCCACCCACUCCAUGUCCCAAGAAGAGCGCGUACACGCUACCGCCCGAAGAGUAGGAUUAAACUCGCCCAAAGAGUACAAGAAGGGAGACGAAGACAAGUAGAUAGUUGCCAUUCGGGGCGGUGGGUGGGCAAAUUCCAUAACAGUAAUCAAAACAUUGAGAGGUAUACUGAUGCAUUUUCCUCUGAGCUCAAC